CACAGCAGUAGCUACUCACCGAUGCUCAUAAUCAUAAGUAAACGGAAGAGGCCGUUGUUCGCUUCAAUGCGCAGAUAUUACAGACAUGGAUGCUCCCCUUUCGACCCCCUGUAAUAUCCAGAUUUGUGAGGUGACCUGCGACUCCUUCCGGAUCAUGUGGGACAUGACCCCCGAGGACACGGCCAGAGCCACACACUUCUUCAUCGACUUAAGCCGCAAGGCCAACAGGGACCCCAACCGCUUCAAACACAGGGAUGUGCCGACCAAGCUGGUGGCCAAAGCCGUGCCUCUCCCCAUGGCAGUGAGGGGACACUGGUUCCUCAGCCCGCGGACAGAAUACUGUGUUGCUGUUCAAACUGCUGUCCGACAGCCAGAUGGUGAUUACUUGGUGUCAGAGUGGAGCCAGGUGGUGGAGUUUUGCACUGGGGACUACGCCAUGGAACACCUACAGCAGCUUCUCGACAAGGCCAAGGGCUCAGCGGGGAGGCUUCUGAAAUUCUCGGUCUUUUAUCGCAACCAGCACCCAGACUACUUUGAUUAUGUCAGAAAGGAGUGUGGAGGUCUGAUGCGUCCAGCCCUCAAAGACACCAGUGGGAGUCACGGCUCACCCAUCAGCGGCAAACUGCACGGAGUCUUCUUCAGCUGCAACACAGAGUUUGAUACAGGGCUCCCUCCCAAAGACUCCCCGUAUGGACCCCUGCGGUUUCAGAUCCCGGCUGGACACCUGCUAAACCCCAACAUCUGCCUGUAUUUUGCAGACUUCUACUGCAUGUACACGGCCUACCACUAUGUGGUGCUGGUGCUCGCCCCUGUUGGCUCAGAGGGAGAUGCCUUCUGCCGCACCCGCCUCCCUAUGCUGGACUUGGCUUCCAACCCCUUUCUGACUUACACUGCCCCUCAGAGACCCGGGGAGGAGCCCUUGUACUGCCACGCCAGCGACGUCAUUCUCGAGGUGCUGUUCACCGAGCCGGUUCACUUGGAUCAGGGCGGCGUGGAGCAGAUCAGCGGGCACCAGCUUAUGAGUCUGACCACCGCCAAUGCCAAGAAAGACCCGAGCUGCAAAGUGUGCAACAUCAGUGUGGGACGCUGAGGGAAGCGCUGGUGCAAAACUUGAAGUGUGCAAGUCUGCAGCGAAGACAGACGCUGUGAUGCAAAAAGAUGGUUGAGCCCAUCAUGUGUAGGUCAGAACACUGUGGAAAGAGUCACCUCUCAGGGUGCACUCGUGCUGCUUUCCCUCCUCCCUCCUGCCUGGACCAGAUAGUGUAUUUAAACUAGAAGACUUAUAAAAGUGUGUAUAGCAUUACUCCAUCCUAAUCACAGCUGGAAAUACAAUGAACAUGCAUCCAUUACAAAAAAAUGCACUGAAAACACAGCAGGCUUAAGAAGACUGUUUUUUCUGGCAUCAUCAUGGUGUUGUGUCUUUUUUUUCUUUUUCUUUUUUUUAAAGUUUUUCCCAUUUUCCCUUUGAUGUGUUUUUUUUUCACAGCUGACAUUUUGACUUGUUGCAGUAGGGAAAAUCAG